AUGACUAAAGACGACAAAAUAAAGGGUGCAACUUCAACUACAUAUUCUCCUGUGCGUACAAGACGGCGUUCUGGAAAACAGGUCGAGACAGAAAAGGUAAAAAACGCCAAUUUUAUAAGCGGUGUGAAUGAACCAAUAUGGUGUACACACGUUUUAUAUGGCGUCCUGUGGCAAUUUCUGGCUGGCAGAAUAGGUUGUUCUCUGCUGCAAAUAGUAUUCUCUUGUGUUUAUUCUAAGUUUAUCUUUGCUUAGGAUUGUCUACAGACCGAUUCGAGCGAGGAAGAAAUUAAAGAACCGUCGACAAAACGGAGGCGCCGGCAAGAUGUUGACGAGUCCGAAAUCACAAAGAAGCUUCGUUCGAGACCUAGAACUCGGUCAGUUCGCCUCGAAUUCGGCUUAAAAACUUAAUCCCUUUCUUCAUUUAAUAUAUUUCUGUAUUCCCCACAGCAGAAAAUGUAUGGAAAUUAUUUAUUUUAAAUAGGUCGUUCAAUUUGGACGUCGAAGUACUUCCAAGCCCGCGGGGUUUGUUGAUGUAUAAAAGCAAAUUACGAAAUGUUUCGUCUGCGGAAGCUAAAAGUAAGCGUUUGUUUAAUAAAUAUUGAAGGGAAAUGAAUAUAUUUUGUAGCUAUCGAAGGUUUUUCUACGCUAGGUUCAAAGAAACAGCGGAAAAGUCCAAAAAAAGACGGCGAACAAAAAGCAGUACGACGGAGCCAUCGAGAAAGCCGUAAAGUUUUUGAAAGUUUGAAUGAACACACGCUUGUCCGCGGCCUGGUAGGCGAUUAUUUACAUCCACACGCCGAGCAAGGCAGUGGAAGUGGCAAGAAACGAAGGGCUCUCUUGGAAGAAAUUGAAACCGAUUCUCAAGGGGAGGUAAGCUGCGUUUUUUUGAGCAAAUCCACGAGUUUUUACAUGAAAUUAUUCACUAUUCAUUAAAAUAAUAUUUCGCAAUCGCUAUUCAAAUUUCCCGCCAAAUUUAUGAGAAACUGUGUAAACACAAAAUCAUCUAUGUAGUUCUGUUGAUAAUAUGUACAAGUAUUCUCUAAUGUAGUAGCUUCAUUUUUUGCCAUAAAUCACAAAUUUUUGUCAAGUAUUUUGCUGUAGUAGUCUUACCUGUAGUUCACUUUAGUAUGGUAACCAUGGCAACAACAAUAUUUUUGUUUACAUUUCAUUGCUUGAAUAUACUUAUCCAUUAUCUAAUGUAAACAAUGUUUUGUAUAAAUUUAUUGAUGUGAAAGACAGUUUCAUUGGAUGCUAUUAAAUCAAUGUAUGUCAAGCAAUUCCAGGGGGGGAUGUUACUUUGGCUAUAGAGCCUCGUUAGUCAAAGCCAAUGUCUCGAUCACAAAAACGAGGCUCUAUAGCCAAAGUGACAUACUGUCCAAAAGAGUGUACUGCUGUGUAUAACAUCUGCAUACUCUACCAUCCACACACAUACCCCUGGAAAAUCUCAGUAUAUUACUAUAUUUGCAUAUCAGGGAGACAGCCAAGUCCACUAGGCAGGCAGGGAUUCAAUCCACCAGCAUUAAGUCACACCCAAUAGACCUUUCCCCUUUUGAGUGAAAUUUUGAUCUAGACAAGUCUGAACAUCACAAAAUUAGUAAUAUUCCGAAGUUUUGUUGCGAAAUGUUGUAAAAAUAUGCGGAUAAUAUAGCCUUGCGAAGUUGCUCUUUCAAGCUGUGAUGAAAUUGUUGCCCAGGCAUAUCUAGAUCAAAAUUUCACCCAUAAGGGGAAAGCUCUAUUAAGUCAGACACUAAGUAAGGCCCAGUCAGUAUGUUAGCAAGUCUGGUAAGUCAGUCUGGUAGGUCAGUCUGGUAAGUCAGUAUGGUAAGUCAGUCUGUCAGUCAUUUUAUAACAUGUCACCGGACACAACUCCACAACAUAGUGUGAUUUUUCAGUUUUGAAAGUUAAUAAAACAGCCAAAGAAAGGAAAUUUUAAAAGAUAUGUAGACCAAAGAACUCAAAAUGUUAUUGCCAUUCUAAAUAUUUGAAAAACUUAAUCCAGGGUCAAAGUUAUCGGUCAGUGAAAAUCGAAAAAUUGCGCUGUGUUGUCCAAACACGCCCGGUGUGUCUUGGCCUUUAGUCAGCCAGUUGGUUGGUCUGUCAAUCGCUUAGUAAGCCAGCAAGUCAGGAAGUCUGUCAGCCAGCCUGUAGUCAUUAAGUCGGUUAGCCAGUUGGUCGGUUGGUUGGUUAGUAAGCCAGCCAGCAAGUAAGUCGGUCAGCCAGCCUGUAGUCAUUAAGUCGGUUAGCCAGUUGGUUGGUCUGUCAAUCGCUUAGUAAGUCAGUAAGUCUGUCAGCCAGCCUGUAGUCAAAAAGUCGGUUAGUCAGUUGGUCAGUUAGUUGGUUGGUUAGUAAGCCAGCCAGCAAGUAAGUCGGUCAGCCAGCCUGUAGUCAUUAAGUCGUUAGCCAGUUGGUCGGUUAGUUGGUUGGUUAAUUAGUAAGCCAGCCAGCAAGUAAGUCGGUCAGCCAGCCUGUAGUCAUUAAGUCGGUUAGCCAGUUGGUUGGUUAGUUGGUUGGUUAAUUAGUAAGCCAGCAAGUAAGUCGGUCAGCCAGCCUGUAGUCAUUAAGUCGGUUAGCCAGUUGGUCGGUUAGUUGGUUGGUUAGUAAGUCAGUCAACCAGUAACUCGCCAAGCACUCUCCUUGAUGUGUAAAGCCUUUUGGCAUUAGUUAGAGAAGAAUAAUAAAGUACUGGGCACAUUGUUGCACAAUACAACUUAGUGGGUUAAAGAAUGUGAUGUAAUUUAUUUUCAGAAUCCAUCGGGCUAUGUAAGUAUGUAUGACAUGAUAAAAGGUAAAACUAAAUCCGAUAAAGAUGAGGAUGAUGAUGAUGAUGAUGAUGAUGAUGAUGAAGAAGAAAAAGAGUCUGGGUAAUAAAACAUUGCUACUAUAUAUGUCUCAGAUAAGGCCCAACAACCCUCGUUCUCAGAUUGGAAGAAGAUUAAGUUACCAACUAGCUUCCAACACAUUCUGGCAGGCCAUUGACCAAUUGUGUUGGGUUUGUUUGGGGGGUUGUUUUUGGGGGUUGUUUUGGGAGUUUUUUUGGGGUUGUUUGAGGUUGUUUUGAGGUUGUUUUGGGGGUUGUUUUGGGUUUGUUUUGGGGGGAUCUGAAAAGCUCAAAUUUAAAUAUUUUGUAAAGUAGCGAUGAAUGAAAUCUUCUGUUGUUCACCCGACGUCGAUAGUUCAACACUGUAGUUUGUAAAUUUAAGCAAAAAAAAAACGAACAGACGGUGUAGUUUGUAAUUUAAGGUACAACGGGUGGAAUUGCCUCGGCAUUUUUUUUUUGGCCGAGGCAAACUAUGAAAAAUCGUAACUUGUCUCGGCGUUUGCAUCAGCAAUUACCGAGUGCCGAGGAGAAUUUCGAGGGCUGCAAUGUCCAUCAACGGCGAACAUAAUCAGGCACUGAAAUGUUAAAAAGGGAUUAUUAAUCACAUUUGAUGAGGCUCAGAAAAAUUUGGAUUGUAUGAAGAAAUGCCACUUUCUAUCACUAAAUCCAUCAGUGACAAUGAAAACUCACAAUUUUCUUUAGAUCUGAUGAAGAUGAUGACGACGAUGAUACGCCACAACAAAGAUACAAGUUGAGAGAGAAUAAACCUGUCACAAAAAGAUAUACAGCUCCUCCUCCAAAAUCUUGUACGUCCACUUAGAUUCACACUUGUAGAUUCACAGUUUUAGCUCCCAAUAAUAUUCAUUUCUUGUUCUGACUAUUACCUGCCAUUAGCCAUUCCGAAGUUGAUGAGAGGACUGGGGACGAGUGUUAAAAAGUGCCCAAAUUAAGAAAUGAACCAAAUGACUAAAAAGACCACCUCAAAAUUAGUAAGUAUACAAAGUUUGAAGACGUUUCCAUGAAUACCCUUCCAAUAAUAAGCUUUCGAAAAUUGUGAAGGAUAUUCUUGUAAACGUCUUCAAACUUUGUAUACUUACUAAUUUUGAGGUGCUCUUUUUAGUGAUUUGGUUCAUUUCUUAAUUUGGGCACUUUUUAACGCUCGUCCCCAGUCCACUCAUCAACUUCGGAAUGGCUAAUUCAUCAAAACCUCCGCAGCCUUAAAAUUUGACAGCACUAAAUUUUAUUUUGAACCCCACAGAUCACGGUUCGAGACGUGGACUGUUCUCCUCUGGUUCUCGUCAUCACAUCAGAGAGAGAGCCUGUGCCGACAAACAGCCCUUCUCACCUGUUCGAAAAACUUACAAAUUGAAAAGAAAAACAAUCAAUGAAAGCUCGACUUCCACAGGUACUACCAAGUUCACAAAGCUGUGGAUUGCUGAGGGCCGUAGGUUCAAUUCCUACCAGAGGACCUUGUGCUGCAUUUUUCGCAGUCGUUCCUGGUCAGGUCUUAAAAUGUAUAUAUAUAUAUAUACUCACUUGGAUUACAAACCCUAAGAACAGCAUUCAAAUAUUAAUACCACCAAGUGAAGUGCAAGAAACCAGAUCAUUGUUUGUUAAACUUUAUUGAGUACAAAUUAAUUCAACAAAUAUUCAUCUAAACAUGCAAUUAAAAAGCGCUGUUCUCAAACGGACAAGGCACAAACUGGACGUAAAGUCCAAUGCAUGGUGCCACUCCUCUUUGUAACAUAGACUUUUUAAUUAGGCCAAAAAAAAAAUGUGGGUUUCCGGUUUCUUCUUAUAAAAACUUAGGUAGGGUAGGUCGGUUUUAACUUUUUUUUUUAAACUUUUUUUUAAUUUUCCGAAUAAGCGGACGCCAUUUUGUUUAGUCAGUGCUUCCACAUCCAAAGAUAAAUUUCCCUAAUAUUGCCUCAAAUUUCAAUUUUCCACAAACUUUUUCCUCUAAGUGGAAACACUUACAACCAUGAUCCAAUAAAAAAGUUUAGGGUCGGGAUUUUGACGUCCAAAAGCUAGGUAGGGUCGGGAAACCGGAAACCCACAUAUUUUUUUUUUGGCCUUAAAGUCACAGUAUACUGUACAAGGGUGUCCCAAAAAAACCAAAACCACUGAAACAAUGCACUGCUAGAAUCCGAACGCCUCAGCACCAAACUGAACGAAAAGAUGCGUAAAAUAUGAUUGACAUGGAUUCAACUACCAGAAAAAUCCAGGACGGAUUUUCGAGUAUGUGAUAGACUCAGUUCCGAAAUAUCACAUACUCGACCUGACCGCGUAGCUCAGUAGGCAGUAGCCUGCGAACAGGCUCUCAAGCUGAAUUGAGAGCCUGCAUCGAUGACUAAUGAAUUUGAAUAUCUGCCCCGUAACGUUCGUUUUUCCAAAUAUGGAAUGUAUAUCCUUAUAUGGUGUUGUUGACAACUUUCGUGCAAACUAAAUUUAGACCGUGCAAACUAAAUUUAGACCGUACAGUUUAUACUGUUUUUCGAAAUAUAAGAUAUUCAAGCAAAAGUUCAAAUGUUUUAAAUACUAUUUUCUCAAAACAGAACAUUUCGUGUUUUGAGAUAAGAUGGCCAAGACCAAUUUGAUCAGUUAAUGUGUUUUUUUAUGCAUAGUGCAGCAGUUGACAUAUAUAGAGCUCAGCGGAAACAUAUAAAUUAUAGUAUCUGACCAAUGAGAAUUUCGCGUCACGAUUUGAGACGCAGAUAUUCAAAUUCAUUAGUCAUCGAUGCAGGCUCUCAAUUCAGCUUGAGAGCCUGUUCGCAGGCUAAGUAGGCAGAGCAUUGGGCUAGUAUUCCAAAGGUCGUAGGUUCGAUUCCCACCGUGGCCAGGCAUAUUUUUCAAGCUUGCCUGGUGUGGAUAUACACUCAGAGCAACAUCACAAGCGUCAGACCAACACUAAGUCAACAACACACCAUACAAAAGUUUCUAACAUGGCAUUUUUUACCAGAUGAAGAUGAUGAUGACAGGAAAUUCGAGAGACGCAAGGCAAAAAGUAUGGCGAAAGCUCGCAACAGAUGCCUGCCAAUGAAUCUAGGAACGGAAGAUGUCAAUAAAGGAAUUCUUGCUGAUCGAGAACGUAUCGGGUCAAGUUUAG